ACCAAUUUUUAAAGCUGUUAUAACAAAAAAAAAAAAAAGUGUUUGGUUUUUUUUCACAAGUAACUUUAAAAGUGUAGCUUAGAAAGAAAAGAAAAAAUAAAAAAAAAAACAUUUUCAGUAGACACAACAUUAUUCCUGGAUGCUUGCGAAUCCUAAACUAUAUUCAUACUUUAGUGUUACACAUACCUGUGUCAUAUACACAGAUGAGCUUUAAAAUUGUCACAUACCAUUACCACUUUGCCUUUACUUUUAUGUAUCAUUCCCCUGACUUCCUUACUGCAGGUGUGGGCAAGAAAACUUUUCCUUUAAAACUUUUCAACAGUGGGCAUAAAAUUCUGCAGCUGAGGUCUUGAAGAAUGCAGAUGGGAGAUGAAACCAGACAAAGGGUGAAGUUUACAGACGAUCGUGUUUGCAAGAGCCACCUUCUGGAUUGCUGUCCGCAUGAUAUCCUGGCUGGAACACGAAUGGACCUGGGAGAAUGUACAAAGAUCCAUGACUUGGCACUGCGAGCAGAUUAUGAGAUUGCAAGUAAAGAGAGAGAUCUGUUUUUUGAGCUGGAUGCAAUGGAUCACCUGGAAUCCUUCAUCGCAGAGUGUGAUAGGAGAACAGAGCUGGCCAAGAAACGCCUGGCUGAGACACAGGAAGAGAUCAGUGCCGAAGUGUCUGCAAAGGCAGAGAAAGUACAUGAGCUGAAUGAAGACAUUGGAAAACUCCUAGCUAAAGCUGAACAGCUGGGAGCUGAAGGAAAUGUUGAUGAGUCUCAAAAGAUCCUGAUGGAAGUGGAGAAAGUCCGAGCAAAAAAGAAAGAGGCGGAGGAAGAAUACCGAAAUUCAAUGCCUGCAUCCAGUUUCCAGCAGCAGAAGCUCCGUGUGUGUGAAGUCUGUUCAGCAUAUCUGGGUCUCCAUGACAACGACCGCCGUCUCGCUGACCACUUUGGAGGCAAAUUACACUUGGGUUUCAUUCAGAUUCGUGAGAAACUGGAUCAGCUGAGGAAAACAGUGGCAGAAAAGCAAGAGAAGAGAAACCAGGAUCGUUUGAGACGGAGAGAGGAGAGGGAACGAGAGGAGAGAAUGGGCAGACGGUCUGGAUCAAGAAAUAGAGAUCGUCGAAGAUCACGGUCUCGGGAUAGGAGGCGAAGACGCUCGAGAUCAGCUUCCCGUGAACGGCGGAAGUCUCGCUCCCGGUCCCGAGACCGACACAGACGCCACCGGAGCCGUUCCCGCAGCCAUAGCAGAGGUCACCGACGGGGGUCCAGAGACAGGAGUUCAAAACACAAAUCUUCUAGAGAUCGAUCUUCAAGAGAAAAGUCACGAGACAGAGAGAGAAAAGAGAAGAGCUCUUCUGAGAGACGGCACGAGAGCACAAAUGGGAAAUCUCGUUCCAAGAGAUCAGAAGAGAGAGAAGCUGGCGAGAUCUGAACUCAAACGAUCUGUGUUGCACUGUAAAUAGUCUGAUAAACAUUCUACACAAAGCCUAAAUUUCCCAUUUAUAUUUACUGAAUACAACUCAUCUUUUGUAGUUUGGAAUUUUUAUUGUUUGGCAGAUAGCUGUGAGUUUGUAGAGACACAGAGUUACGUACUGUUUAACAGGAUUUUGUUUUAGUAGGAAUAAAUAAAUCUGGACGGAUCGUUUUCAA